AUGAGCAAGGACUCUACGAGCAAAGGCCCUCUGCCACACCACCAUUCUUCAACUAAGAAGCUGUACAUGUGGAAUGGCUCCUCCAUUUAUGAGGGGGAGAAAUUGCCAUCUCCUCCAAAAUAUAUGGAUGGUGAGACAUCUGGUGCCUUUUUUGCACACUGCGCUGCCUACAGAGCACAGUAUAUUUUCGAGUUCGAGUCACCGCGUCAAAAACUGUCUCAACAGAACAGGGAGAACAAUGCGAAACAGUAUCAGAUCAGCACAAAGGGACACAAUGAGAUCUUCAAGUGGCUCUUCGAUUCAGAGAGCAUGAAGUGGAAGCGAAAUCAUCUGCAGUGCAGAGAGUGCCUGAGCACAUGGAAAAUGUAUAAUUUGGCCUGCAAACGCUAUGAUUCUGUCACCCAGGAGUGGAAUGUUGUGUAUUUUCUUGAGUAUAAACCCAAGCUCAUAAGCAUGACGGAGGCCUAUAGCAUGGUGGAGACUUCAGAUGAUGAGGACGACAAUCUCGAUUGGGAUCAUCAGCCCGACCAGAUGUUCUUCAGUGAUGAUGACUUCAAGCUCAAUCCUUUGCCGCUGAAUGAUCAGACGUAUCAUUACGAGGACAAGGACGAGGAUGAGAUCGAGGCAGCUCCUCAUGAGGAUGAGAUCGAGGCAGCUCCUUAUGAGGACGAAAUCGAGGCAGCUCCUCAUGAGGACGAGGUCGAGGUUGAGGCAGCUGCUCCUCAUGAAGAUGAGGACAAAGUACCUGGCACUCCUCAGGCUGGAUCUGAAGAUGGUGAGCUUCCGAGCGAUAUGCAAUAUCUCGCUGAUGACGAGCAAAAGAUAUCCGACGUGAUCGAUUUCUGUCGACAACGCCUGCAGAGCCAUUGGUUACUUCCUGUCUGA